AUGACUACCCCUAACAUAUCUCCUAUACCAAAGGACCCUAUUAGUUCUAUUCAUGACCCGAAUUGGGAAAAUGCAAUGUUGGAUGAAUAUAAUGCUCUUAUUGCUAAUAAUACAUGGGAAUUGGUACCUAGGCCACCGGAUGUUAAUGUUAUUAGGUCCAUGUGGAUUUUUCACCAUAAACGUCUCUCUGAUGGGUCGUUUGAAAGGCAUAAAGUCAGGCUUGUAGGUGACGGGAAAACUCAGAGGCAAGGUAUUGAUUGUGAUGAAACUUUUAGUCUAGUUAUCAAACUGGAUUCUGAUAUGGCUUAUAUUUUGUUAUAUGUUGACGAUAUAAUUCUUACAACAUCUUCUGAUCAUCUUCGGCAGCAGUUUAUGACUCUUUUGGGUAAUGAAUUUGCCAUGAAAGAUUUGGGUCCCCUGAGUUUCUUCUUAGGGAUUGUUGUGACUUGUAAUGCAUCUGGUAUUUUCUUGUCCCAGAAACAGUAUUCUACAAAAAUCAUAGACAAGAUAGGAAUGGAUAACUGUAGCAGUUGCCCCACACCGGCAGACACUAAACCGAAACUCAGUGCUUCCAAGGACACUCCAUAUGAAGAUCCCACUAAGUAUCGUAGUCUGGCCGGGGCAUUAUAUUACUCACUUUUACCAGACCUGACAUCUCUUAUGUAG